CUCAACAAACACCGCCCCUCUCUCUCUCUAUUUUUCUUUCUAUUUUCUUUGCUGAUUCCAAGGAAUAACUUCCCUUUAAAUUCUAAACAAUCUUCACGUUUUUCUUAUUCUCCGGUUUGAAACCAGAGCAAAAAAAGGAAAAGAAACUUCAAUGGAACAUAAUCACCGGCGGAAUUUUCCUGCACCGGCUUCGGAUCCUUUGGUCUGUCUCAGUGAGGUAAUUCAGACGAACUCGGACUCACCCGCCUCUGGUCUAACCAUUGAGAGCUUCCGAGAUCCUAGUGCUGCUGCAACACCGCAGGGUGAAACUAUGGUUUGGACAAACGAGAAGCACAAUUCGUAUCUUGGGUUCUUAGAGGCGUCAUUUGUUAAGCAGCUGCAUUAUUCUAUUAGUUUGCGAGGCUGUCACCCACAAGAGGAAAUGUGGGAGCCAUGUCCAACUCAAUUGCGUGUCGGAGUACAUAAUUCUUCUCAUCAGUUUUUGGCUCUACAAGAUGGCCACUACCAGAAGAGCAAUGACCCUUUGUUGGACAGCACUGCUGAUUCUAGUGAUAACUGGGAAAGUCUGUUACAUCAUGUUACAUCUGCAGGCAAAAGAAGCUCAGAAACAUUAUCACUUUCAAGAGAAACUGUGGUUGCCGAUGGUGGAACGUACUCGAGAAGUAACACUUCCUUAGGCGGCUGCACCACUGAGGUUUGGGAUCAGAAUUUUGUCGAUGAAGAAGACCAAAGAGAAAAGAGCAGUUGUGUCUCUCGGGCGAAACGCUUGAAGAUGACAACAAUGUAUGAUGCUUCAACCGAGGAGCUUCAUCUGCCGAAAGUCCAACAUUCUAAAGAAGAGUUGAUUUUCUACAAAUGAACCGAAAAUAAAAACCAACGUCACAUAUAUUUGGGCGUGAGAGAAAUUCAGCAAGUUCUCACCCGGUCCUCUUUUGUGGAAGAAUGCAAUACGAAUGGGUGGUUUUGCAGUUGGAAGAUUUGGCAUAGAUAGAUAUGAGAUGGAAUUCUUUUGUUCUUUUUGUCCUCUAUUAUUAG